AUGAAUAGACCGGGUAAUUUCUUCAUACCGGUUAUAGAACUUACAAGUUCGGUUGAUGACACCCCCGGAAGUUCGCAGCCCCCAAUAAGAAGACUGAAUAGAAGUCUCAUAGAAUUGUUGCGUCGCUUCGAUGGAAAUAGUCCAGGAGAGUCCGAGCCAAGGGAUCAAGAUAACUCGAGCUUACUUGAGUUGGAGAACAACGAAGUCGAUUCGACUUCCACCACAACUGUACAAGCGUCAAGGUCUACAACACCACCGGUCAGAAUUUCCACUCCAGCUGAUCAAGCACAAACCAAUGAAACCAAUGCUCCUGUAGUCCAACACACCAACUUCUACAAUUGGAUGAUAACCACCGUCAUUCUCGACGAUUUGAGCUACAGACAACCUUUCAUCAACUCCGCUCAAGAUGCGAACCAAUUAACACAAGAGGAUUUGUACCUCCAGGCUCUUGACCUUUAUCUCAACGCAGACCGGUUAAGGCCUCAAGAGUUGGUGAAUCUGCCGUUUCUUCCACGCCCCAUGCGUACUGGAGACACAUUGCUGGAUAUUCCUUUUUUGGACCCGUUAUUAGUGGUACUCUGGCGCAUCCACAUCGACGACGUCCACUGGAUGCUCAACGUGCUUCCAUGGAGGGUGGUGGAUCGUCCCAUUAGAACAGGCUGCAGUAUCCUUGCCUGGAUAAUCGACAUCCCACGCAUCCACGAAUUCCUGGAAGAGACCAGAGCUCCUUUCUUUAUCGUCGUCAAGCUAAUACGUUUCUUAGACAGUUAUCAUGAAUCAUUAGAUCAUCAAGCUUAGUGUUAUUUUGUUUGUAAAUUUUGCCACGUGAUUGUAUUUACGGUUUGGUAAAUAUCCACAAACAUUUUCAUUUAAAUAAGCCUGCGUAGUUGUUAAGUUUAUUGUUCGUCAUCGGUCUAAAAUAUAAAUACUUAUAUGGGUUCAAUGGUCGACCAAUUUGAAUACAAAACAUCAUAAUUUGUAAUAAUCAAUUGUGACGUCGAUUUUGUGAUUAAAGAACAUUUGCAAACCAAAUUACAAAAAAAUCGAUUAGCUUUUUUUAUUUUUCAUCAUGGCGUAUGACCCUGGUCGAGCGGUAGUCUAAAAUGUAUGGAGUUUGAUAUAGAGCUCUAUUCGACUCUACCAGUAAAGGUCUUAAUCAGGAAAAUUACAGACUUAGCAAAAUUUUACGUCUAGCUAGAGAGCGAUGACAUCAGAACGUGACGUCAGAGCGUAACGUCAGAGUUUGAGACGUCACGGUACAGUCAACCUACCUCAAGUUCAGCCGUAACUUUUUCUGUUUCUCCUGAAAGGUGCGCACUAAAAUAUAUAAGACAAAAAAAACGGAAAAUUUCACAACAUAUUUAAUAUACAAUAUAAAACUCUUAGCCAAUAAGAUUGUUUAACACUAACACAAAUUUGCUUAAUACUAACAUUACACAUAUUUAGCCAAGAUUCACUAUAUGGAAAGGACGUAAUAAUUGUCGCUAAACGGAUCAUCAUUAGCGUCUCCCACAAUUCGAAACCAGAUUAUGUCGAGCACGUAAUGCUCCGAGAUCGUCGUGACAUUUUCCAGGGUGAUCGUGACACCGAUCAGGCUAUGAUGUUGGUUCCAAUGCUCAACCAGGUGAGCGUGGACUAAUCGCUCGACCAAGAAGUCUGGAUAAUAGAUCCACACAAUUGGUACAAUGCACGUAAUAUUAGACAUUAUUCCCCCAUAAAAUUUCGCAGACUGUAUAGUGUGGUGAAUUUUGAUAAAAUGAAUCACCAGAGUCCAUCCAGUGUUUAUAUCCCACUCAGAGGAAUCAACGACCCCAAUAUACUGCGUAUCCUU